ACUGAAGCGAGCCGCGGAGGCAGGCUCCAACUCCAACCCAAUGAGCGCACAGCCCUCACACACAGACGCACACACCUCAACCCUGGGACACAAGAAGAGGAGGAAGAGGAAGGAGAAUCGGAGGGAGAGACCCUGAGUGAGGCAGCGCGGGAGAGUGAGGGAGUCAGAGAGGGGGAGACUGGCAGGGUGUGAGGGAGAACACCAUGGCUUCAGAUCCGGGGCUGACUGCUAUGCUUCUGUGGACUAUAUCCCUCCAGACUGUGGGCUCGGCGGGAACCAACGGCAACGAAGUGAAUCUUCUCGACACGACGACUAACACCGGAGACUGGGGCUGGCUCGCCUACCCGUCACACGGGUGGGACGCCAUUAACGAGAUGGACGAGUACUUCACCCCGAUCCACACGUACCAGGUCUGCAACGUGAUGAGCCCCAGCCAAAACAACUGGCUGGUGACGGGCUGGAUUCCCCGAGAGGGAGCCAGAAGGAUCUACAUCGAGGUUAAGUUCACCCUGAGAGACUGCAACAGCAUGCCCGGAGUGCUGGGAACCUGCAAGGAAACCUUCAACUUGUACUAUUAUGAGUCUGACAGAGCCGUGGGCUCAGCCAUCCGGGAGAACCAGUUCAAUAAAAUUGACACCAUAGCUGCUGAUGAGAGCUUCACCGGCGUUGACCUCGGAGUCCGAAGACUUAAACUCAACACAGAGGUGCGAGGCGUGGGCCCCCUGACGCGGCGAGGCUUCUACCUGGCCUUCCAGGACAUCGGGGCCUGCAUCGCUCUCACCUCCGUGCGGGUGUACUACAAACGCUGCGUGGGGGUGAGCCGUAACCUAGCUGUCUUCACCGACGUGGUGACAGGGGCCGACUCGUCCUCCCUGGUGGAGGUCAGGGGUCAGUGUGUGGACCACGCGGAGGAGAGAGACACACCAAAGAUGUACUGCAGCGCUGAGGGGGAGUGGCUGGUGCCAAUUGGGAGGUGCGUGUGCUCGGCUGGAUUUGAGGAGCACAGAGACUCCUGCGUUGCCUGUGAGGUGGGUUAUUACAAACCGGUGGCAGGGGAUGGCCCGUGUGGCAAAUGUCCACAGCACAGCCACUCAGAGACCAGAGCUGCCAUCUCCUGUCCAUGUGACUCCAACUACUAUCGAGCGGCAGACGACCCCCCAGCAGCCCCAUGCUCCCGCCCUCCAUCUGCUCCUGUGAACGUCAUCUCCUCCGUCAACGGGACCUCUGUGAAUUUAGAGUGGGAUCGUCCUCUGGACACCGGGGGUCGCAGCGACCUGCAGUACAGCGUGUUGUGUCUGAAGUGCUCCAGGGAAGGACCCUGCGAGGACUGCUCCGCUUCUCCAGGAGGCGGAGGAGGGAAAGCAGGUGGCGGGGCAAGCAUUGGAACUGCUGGAGGAGGAAUGGUGGAGCGUUUGGGGACAGCAAGCGUGAAGUUUGUUCCUCGGCGGAACGGCCUUACAGAACCUUGGGUGACGGUGCUCAACCUGGUGGCUCACACCAACUACUCCUUCCGCAUCGUGGCCACAAAUGCAGUGACUCACCUGAGCAGUGAGCGCCCUCCGUACGCAUCGGUAAACAUCACAACAAACCAGGCAGCACCUUCUGAGGUGUUAGCGAUCCGCCAGGAGAAUGCCAGUCAGAACAGUGUGACCCUGCUGUGGCACGAACCGGACCAGCCCAACGGAGUAAUCCUGGAGUACGACAUCAAAUACCACGAGAAGGAUAAUGAAGAGCAGACUUAUUCCACUCUAAAGUCUAAAAACACCAGCGCUCGGGUGUCCGGACUGAAGCCAGGAACCAAGUACAUUUUCCAAAUCCGAGCCAGAACUUCUGCAGGGUGUGGACGCUUCAGCCAGAAUGUGGAGAUUCAGACAGGCAAAGCAGCUCCUCUACGUUACAACACCAUGACCAUCAUUUGGAUCUGCAUGGCGCUGGUGUCUGGCCUGGUCGCCUUCCUGGCCGCCAUCAUCUGCAGGAAACGGCAAGGCUACACUUUACCACACUACCCGUCGCUGCUACACUGUGGUUACAGCAAAGCCUUCCAAGACUCCGAUGAGGAGAAGAUGCAUUACCAGAACGGUCAUGUGUCAUUCCCCGAUGCGAGGUUCUAUAUCGACCCGCACACAUACGAGGACCCCUGCCAGGCGCUCCACGAGUUCGCCCGAGAAAUUGAAGCUUCCAGGAUCAAAAUCGAGAAAAUUAUUGGCUCAGGGGAGUUUGGGGAGGUGUGUUAUGGAAGGAUGAGGCUCCCGGGAAAAAGGGACAUCCCAGUGGCGCUGAAGACUCUGAAGGCAGGAUACACAGAGAAGCAGAAGAGGGACUUCCUGGCUGAGGCAUCCAUAAUGGCCCAGUUUGACCACCCGAAUGUCAUCCACCUGGAGGGAGUCGUAACUCACAGCAAACCAGCGAUGAUCAUCACAGAGUACAUGGAGAACGGCUCUCUGGACUCCUUUCUAAGGAGACACGACGGCCAGUUCACCAUCAUCCAGCUGGUUGGGUUGCUGCGUGGCAUUGCGGCAGGCAUGACCUACCUGUCUGACCUGGGCUACAUCCACCGCGACCUGGCCGCCCGCAACAUCCUGGUCAACAGCAACCUGGUGUGUAAGGUGUCUGACUUUGGCCUGUCCAGAGUCCUGGAGGAUGACCCCGAUGCUGCAUACACCACCAGUGUGAGUUUUCACAUCGAGGGUGGGAAAAUCCCAAUCCGCUGGACGGCCCCCGAGGCCAUUGCAUAUAGAAAGUUCUCCUCGUCGAGCGACGUGUGGAGCUACGGCGUGGUCAUGUGGGAGGUGAUGUCCUACGGAGAGCGACCAUACUGGAACCUCACCAACAGAGAUGUGAUCAAGUCUGUGGAAGAGGGCUACAGGCUGCCUGCUCCAAUGGGCUGCCCUGCUGCUUUACACACACUCAUGCUGGACUGCUGGCAGAAGGAUCGCAACGAGAGGCCGCGCUUUUGCCAGAUAGUCACUAUUCUUGACAAGCUAAUCCGCAACCCGGAGAACCUGAAGUCUGUGGACAAGCUCUGCAGUUUAAACAGUCCUCCGCUGACGGAGAGAGCUAUCCCUGACUUCAGUAGCUGUAACUCAGUAGACGAGUGGCUGGACACCAUAAAGAUGGGUCGCUACAAGGAACACUUUGCAGCGGGGGGCUACUACACUCUGGGACAUGUCAUAAGCAUGAAGCAAGGGGAUAUUCAGAGGCUCGGGGUGACGCUGAUGGGCCAUCAGAAGAAAAUUAUGACCAGUGUCCAGCUAAUGAGGGCACAAGUCCUCAACAAGAGCGUCCCAUCAGUGCACGUAUAACUCCAAAGUUGAGGUUUCUUUCUGCUAAGAUCUGAACCUCCAGGUCUUUUUGUGCGGUUCAGAAGGACACCAUGUGGGAAAAGUUCACCAGAAAAGCAAGAAAAGAAGAUGCAGUGGAACUUUACAGAUUUUUAUUUGAGAUAAAGAAACAAAAGGUGGAAGGUUUUGUUACCAAGGGGAACAUGUGACCAAGACUUCUUUGGGACAGACUCCUUUUUUUUCUUCCUAACAUUUAUAUUUUAUGUCUUGUUUAUGAAUGGAAAGACUGCCUUAAUUACCACAAAUAAUUUGCAUUUCAUCGUCUACAAAGAAAAGAUUAUUUAUCAUGAUUUUAUCAGAGUCCUAAAAUUUACUCAACCAGGAAGCAAAAGGGGUGCAGCGCAUGAAAUUAUGGAAUAGGCAAAGCUGCUGUUUCCUGUCAUGAUGACACAUCCUAACUUUGUUGCAGCAACACUGUAAAAGAGUGAACGUCAGGCCAGAGAAAUAAAAGAAACGGAAGACAGGGUUUACUUAAACUUCCGGAUUGUCCUAAGCAUGAAAGAAAGGAUCCAACUUAGGCUACCAAUGCCAACCAUAGGCACAUUUUCCUAUCCACUCUUGAAGAAUGAGACCAAAAGAGCCUUUAAGCUCUCAGCCCAGUUUCAAGCUGCACAGCGCAGAACUGCUGUACUUUGAAUAUGAGUGCAAAUCAUUUAAAGUGCACCUUAUUAUACAGUCUACAGGUUGCAGAGGCUCUGUGCAGUUGUGUCAAAAGCUUUCAGACGUGACAAGCGCCACACCAGUGGUGUUUUAAAAAAGUAAGUGUUUCAACAUUUGCCAAAAAAACAACAAGAGACAUGCACCAAUAAAAAAACGAGACAGAAAAAAUUCACACAAAAUACAACUACACCUACAUUUCAUUUUGUAAAAGACAAAGAAACCAAUGGGCUUUAUUAAAAUUUAGCAGUAUUCUUUUACUUAAGUAGUAGGGGUGCAACGAUUUAUUUUAACAACGAUUUGAUUCGAUAUUUGUGGUUACAGAUUCCAUUCACUUUCGAUUUUAGUCAUUUUAACCUCAAAUCGAACCAGGACAUCUUACCAAAAACUUCAACCAGUGCGACUAAGAGAUAAAUAUAGUUAAGUAUAGUAAACCUACCAUUUCUCAAUACUAAUGGUAUUUCCUCAUUUUAAUUCAAAUAUCAAUUUAUCUCGUUUUGAAACAAUUUCAUCGUCUUGGUCAAUUUGAUUCAAUUCUGCCUCAGACAGAUCGAUCUGGUUUGAUCUAUUUGAUGAAAUCAAUUCAUUCGUUAAACAAUGAAUUGUUACACCCCUAUUAAGUAAUAAAUGGGAUUUUAAUCUAAGGAAAGCUUGUAAAUUGAUUUUUCUUUUCAAAUUUUAGAGUUUUAAAAAAAAUUAUUUGGGUUACUGAUGUAGAAUUUCAAAAAUAACCAACAGAAAUUUAUAAAUCAAAAAUAUUCAGUUUUUGGUUCCUAAACAUAGGCUAACUUUAUUACAUUAGAGAUGCAUUUCAUAAUCUGAAAUGCAUUAAAUCUAAAUCAUUGUUUGUAAAUAAUGAAAAAGCUUUUAUAUAAUAUAAAUUAAUAACUUAAAAAUCAGCCAAAUGUGAUGCAAAAGUCUGAUAUUAAAUCCUUUUUUGGGCGAUGAUAAUUUCAGGUGCAACAACCAGCAACACGUAAUGAGGGAGACUCAAAACAAAAAAAGGUUUUCGUCAUCAUUUUCUGCAAAACGGGCCAUGGAAAUGAUAUUUGCCAUUAACCCCAGUAUCAGAAAAAGCUACAGACAAAAAAAAACGAGGUUUUCACUGUUAAAUUGUAUAUUCUUAUCAUAAUAGUUUGAAACAAAAUUGCUAAAUUAAGAUCUUGACACAUAUCUGAAUUUUUUUAUUUUUACCUGGUUAUGAAUCAUUUAGAAGCAUCUGAAAAAGCUGAAUAAUCUUAAUUUGAAAAAAACAAAAACAAAUAAGACAUUGAUAUAUUAGCAAGAUUAUUCUAACUGGUUUUCUUUUUAGAGUAAUUAUUUUACCUAAUCAUUUUACUAAAAGACAAAAACAAAAUACUGAAUAAAAAGAAAUCAAUCACAUCAGCACAUCAAGAAGUGGUACAAAGGGUAUUAUCUUAUUUUAUGUUAGAGUAAAAAUGCUUUUCUUUGUGCCUCCAGUACAACAAGUCAAGCAUAACCUUUAUGUAUAAUUUUUUAUGUUACAUGUUACAGAAAUAUGGUUUGAUUAACAAACUCAGUCAUUUUUGAGAUGAGCACAUGUACUAUUCAAUUUGGGCUCGAAAAAAGCUCCACAGACUGUAAACUAAAGUGUAACUUCCAAGUGUGAUUACAAAGUCUGCCUCUGCCUUGAUAAAAAUACAGAACAAAGAAGAAUGUCUGGAAUCGAAUGAUUUAAAAACAAACAAAAACAAAUACAAAUAAGCCCAAAAUUAUGCCUUCCUCCCCUUUGUGCCAUCAAGAGAAUGUUUUCUCCUGUGCACCUCAGUAGGUUUUCCUCUAGUUGGUUGAUGUCAGAUUUUAUUAGAGAACUCUAUGAUGUUUAUUGUAUUAUAGUGACAUUUCACUGCUAGUUUGAUAUUUUUUUCUUCUGAAUGCUUUUGAAGACACUGGACUUGAACUGAAAUCUCAUAUUUUAUAAAGUUAGGAUCUGUUUUUGCUAGAUGAAUUGAUUUAUAAUGCAUAAAAGAAGUUCAGUCACUUGAAGGAUGAAAAAAAGAGAUUUAUUCACUUUUUUAUUAUUUAUUCAUGCCUAUUUGUUCUUUUUUUAAUCUAAGACAAUUUAUUAUCAUUGAUGGAUCAUUCUUGUUGCUAAUGAUAAAUCAUAAAUGUGCAAACUGUUCAUAAAAACACAAUAAAGGAACGUUUGUGUGUGUGUGACUGCAACAAUUAAUGUGGAGUGAUUUCUAACAGAGACUGAAUCCUUAUGUGUAAUGAUGUUAGUAUAUUUUUUCCUUAGAAAAUGUUAUAUGUUUAUUCAAAAUUGAAAUUACAACUUUUUUUGAUUGCAUGGACAUUUAAAGACUUGCUGGAAGUGACAAAUUUAGACAUUACCUGUACUGUAACCUUUUCACAUUAAAUCAAGUAUUACUGAGGGGAUUUGCCCCUUUGUUGAAA